AUGGCUCAGGCGGGGAGAUUCCUGGCCUGGCUGCUGCUGGUGGCCCUGGGCCUGCUAGGCGGUGGAUGCCGAGCGGAGCGGGACUGCAGAGUGAGCAACUUCAGAGUCCAAGAGAACUUCGACAAGGCUCGUUAUACAGGCAUCUGGUACGCCAUGGCCAAAAAAGACCCCGAGGGGCUGUUCCUGCAGGACAAUGUGGUAGCCCAGUUCACCAUAGAUGAGAAUGGACAAAUGAGUGCCACCGCCAGGGGCAGAGUCCGGCUGUUUAAUGAGUGGGAUGUUUGCGCUGACAUGAUUGGCUCCUUCACUGACACUGAGGAUCCUGCCAAGUUCAAGAUGAAGUACUGGGGUGUAGCCUCUUUUCUCCAGAAGGGAAAUGAUGAUCACUGGGUGGUCGACACAGAUUAUGACACUUAUGCACUUCAUUACUCCUGCCGCCAACUAAAUGACGAUGGCACCUGUGCUGAUAGUUACUCCUUUGUGUUCUCCCGGGACCCGAAGGGAUUGCCACCCGAGGCACAGAGAAUUGUCAGGCAAAGGCAGGUUGACCUCUGCUUGGACAGAAAAUACAGAGUUAUUGUCCAUAAUGGAUUCUGCGUUUAAGGAGUUUUGAAACUAUGGAAGCAAAUCAUGUAACAUCAAUAUGGAUGUAAAGUUUACAAAUUGACUGUUUUGUUGUAGACCUUUAAAGCAGCUUCAUUCAAACUUAAAAUAUAUUUAUCUGAGCUCUGUAGCUCACCCUGUCAAUAAACCAAUGAAACUUUUAAUAAACAUGGAUAACAGGGAAUGCAUAUUGUGUAAAUAUAAAAAGAUGAUUGUUUUAUUGGCAAAAAUAUUAUUUUACUGCAAUGCUUAGAAAUAGGAAUCCAGAUGGCGGUACUUAAGUAUGUAUUCUUUUGUUUUUUUCUUAUUGGUUUUUGACUUUGUUUAGUAACCUUGCAGGCAAAUAUUUU